AUGGCUGGGAUCGGCCAAGAUACAUCGUAUGCAAAAGGGCAGCAUACAAUCUGGAGAGGUGCAGUGAUAGAGCCUGUCAAGACCUCAGCGCCUUCUGCAGGCAGAGCCCAGGAACCCACCAGAGCUCCCCCACAAGAUGUUGCAGAGCAGAAAGAACCAGUCCCCAUCACUGAGCGCCAGGAGGCGGUGAAGGAGGCCUUCCUACACGCGUGGAAGGGUUACAAGCAGUUUGCCUGGGGUUACGAUGAGCUGAAGCCUAUCUCCAAAUCGUACAGCGAGUGGUUCGGCCUCGGGCUCACACUCAUAGAUGCCUUGGACACCAUGUGGAUCAUGGGUCUGAAAGAAGAGUUUCAGGAAGCCAAAGAAUGGGUGGCUUCCAAGCUGACCUUUGACAAGAAUGUUGAUGUCAACCUGUUUGAAAGCACCAUCCGGAUAUUGGGAGGACUGCUGAGCACUUACCAUCUGACCCAGGACCCUAUGUUCCUCGAUAAAGCAAAAGACAUUGGCACUCGCCUGCUCCCAGCCUUUAAAACCCCAUCCAAGGUGCCUUUCUCCGACGUGAACAUUGGUAGUGGUGUGGCCCACCCUCCGCGAUGGACAUCUGACAGCACCGUGGCUGAAGUGACCAGUGUCCAGCUGGAGUUCCGAGAGCUCUCUCGGGUGACGGGAGAUGACCAGUUUAAGAAAGUGGUGGAUCAGGUCACGCAGCACGUCCACGCCCUCUCUGGGAAACGUGACGGCCUUGUGCCCAUGUUUAUCAACACCAACAGUGGACAGUUCAGCCACCUUGGAGUCUUCACCCUUGGUGCCCGAGCGGAUAGCUACUACGAGUAUUUGCUUAAGCAGUGGAUUCAGAGCGGAAAGAAAGAGACCUCCUUUUUAGAAGAUUAUAUUCAGGCCAUUGAAGGUGUCAAGAAGAACUUGCUGCGGAAAUCUGAGCCAAACAAGCUGACAUUCGUGGGGGAGCUUUCUCAUGGUCACUUCAGCCCCAAAAUGGAUCAUCUGGUGUGUUUCCUCCCCGGUACGCUGGCUUUGGGGGCACACAACGGGCUAACCAAUGAUCACAUGGAGAUUGCUGUAGCGCUGAUGGAGACUUGUUACCAGAUGUACAAGCAGAUGGACACCGGUCUGAGCCCGGAGAUCUCUCACUUCUUUCUGCAUGCUGGCAAGGGGGGCAAGGACAUAGACGUCAAGACCGCGGAUAGACACAACCUCCUGCGCCCGGAGACCGUUGAGAGCCUGUUUUAUCUGUAUCGGUUCACCGGCGACACCAAGUACCAGGACUGGGGCUGGGAGAUACUUCAGAACUUCAACAAGUACACCCGGGUCCCCACUGGUGGUUACACCUCCAUCAACAACGUGCAGAGUACAAGCAACCCGGAGCCACGGGACAAGAUGGAGAGUUUCUUCCUGGGGGAAACGCUCAAGUACCUGUUCUUGCUGUUCUCCGACGACGUAGAUCUACUGAACUUGGACAAGUUUGUCUUCAACACAGAGGCGCACCCGCUCCCAAUCUGGACAUCGUAGCAGGAGAUCGCUGCCCGAUCUUUUGGUGUCUGAUGGAGCAAGUGGGUUCCCCAUCCGUGCUGGCCAUUGAUUGCCUGCAUCUAACCGAUGUACUGUACUUAAAUACAUUGUGCUGUUCCUUUUUUAGGGUUUCAUAUCUACUGUACAAAGCUGAACUUUGCGUCUGCAGUCGGGUACAUGGAACAGGUGCAAAAGCCUAGAACCCACCAAAACACCCAACUCAGGACCAGAAGACCCGACUUUUCUAGAUGCACCGGCCAGUAGAACGAGGGCCAGGGGAGGACUUUGGAAACCUUGUAAUGUGAUCGUUUAUAACUCAGGAAUGAAGCAGAUUAAUCUGAGCCUUUUGACGCAAACGGUUUCUCUGAGGAGCCCAGAAAUGUACCUUUUUUAUCAGGCCCGAAAAGCCGUCCCACUCGUUUUACUUGGGAACACUGUGACUAAAUAACUGCAACUACAUAUCCGCUCAAUGUGUAAAUAGCGACUCUUUCACCCGCGCCGUUUCUCAGUUUAUAACCGUAGACAAGUCAUUCCAAAAUAGGACGAACCAAGCCACCUGGCCAUGAUAGGCCUGCUCAGCUGCAGUUCCGUAACAAUAUGGCGGAUUGCUAGUCUUUCUAUGGAUGUUGGCUAUAUUGUUCGAAAAUAUGUUUAGAUACUGUCUCAGUUUAUCAUUAUUGCUGGCAUUUUAAUUAUUAUUAUUAUUUUUUUUAAUAACCCUUAUUCGGAUAUUUGUGCUGCUCGCAGGCCUUAUGAUGACACCCUAUUCCCUCUCCCGUACGGGGUGCGGACUCUAAUGGUGCCGGGAUAGUAAUAGGGACAGAGGAUGGGGACGUAAGUAUCCUUCUUCAGUUACCUGCAGACAGGGCUCCAAGGCAUAAUCCGGUCAGCCUUCUUUAAUAGAAAGGGGUAGAAGUUCUAAAACACGAAGUGCAAUAUCGCUGCUUUCAGUUUGUGGUUUAAGAUAAGGGCCCCACUCUUAUUUUCUAUGUAAAGUUGUUUAACAAACAUAGGGGGAGAGUUAUCAGAACUUGGAGAAAGAUAUAGUAUAGUAGCAACCAAUCAGCUUCUGACGUUUUCUAGCACAGCCUGUAAAAUGACAGGAGCUGCUUGGCUGGUACUUUUUUUCUUUCUCCAAGCUUUGAUAAAUCUCCCCCCCAUGCCUCCGUGUGUCAGCAAGAGCACCAGCCCAAACUGCGAGGGUUGAUUGAAAAAGCAAUGAGACUGCCUCUGUUUUUCUGUCAUGGUGGAUGGGGACGACAUAUCUGAGAUUACGUCAGAGUUAUGUGAUUUGAAUUUUGUGUUGGAAAAAGCGGAAGUGAAAUGCAUGAAAACUUACGGCAGCAUACGGUAGAGAAACAAUUAGCCGUGCUGCAGUAUUUCGGUUGUGGAAGCACUUCCGAGAGGGUAAUAAGCGAGUGUCUGACGAAGUGCGUUGUGGGAGAACAUCCAUUGCGCUAACAACUGCCGUGACAAAACCUACGAAGAUAUUCCUUGCACUGUGACCAAAGAAGACUACGGCAGUCCAACCACAGGUUCAGACAUAUUGAUAUAUGAGCUUCACAAUAACCAGCGUAGCACUGCCACAUUUGCCUAUGGCGCAGAAAAACAGAGGCAGUCUCAUUACUUUUCAAUCAGCCCUCGUAGAUCUAAUUUUUUUUAAUCAUAUUCCUUUACAUAAAAAAUGGAGUAGGCUGUCUGGUACCACAGCUCUGUAAUGACCGUAAUACUCAGAUGUCCAGUUUUGGGUGUUGCACGAUAUCAUCUCAAACGAUACACGUUCCCUAUACACUUGGCACCGAUGCACGUUCCCUAUACACUUGGCACCGAUGCACGUUCCCUAUACACUUGGCACCGAUGCACGUUCCCUAUACACUUGGCACCGAUGCACGUUCCCUAUACACUAUACACUUGACACCGAUACACGUUUCCUAUACACUAUACACUUGACACCGAUACACGUUCCCUAUACACUUGACACCGAUACACGUUCCCUAUACACUUGACACAGAUGCACGUUCCCUAUACACUUGGCACCGAUGCACGUUCCCUAUACACUUGGCACCGAUGCACGUUCCCUAUACACUUGGCACCGAUGCACGUUCCCUAUACACUAUACACUUGACACCGAUACACGUUUCCUAUACACUAUACACUUGACACCGAUACACGUUCCCUAUACACUUGACACCGAUACACGUUCCCUAUACACUUGACACAGAUGCACGUUCCCUAUACACUUGACACCAAUACACGUUCCCUAUACACUUGGCACAGAUGCACGUUCCCUAUACACUUGGCACCGAUACACGUUCCCUAUACACUUGGCACCGAUACACGUUCCCUAUACACUUGGCACCGAUACACGUUCCCUAUACACUUGUGGGAAGGGAGUGCAGACCAGAUGGUAUUGCUAUAUUAUGUCCUAUUCAUUGCUGCUGGUUAGUGUAGUGUGGGACUCGCCCGGAUAUGCCGCUAGUAAAAUAAGGGGAGUCCGUUCUGUCAGGCUCUUUUUUUUUAUUUUAUUUUUUUAUCCAUGUUAUACAUUACAGAAAAUGGUGAACAAAAUAAUAUAUAUACUUCUAUAUAAUAUAUACAGGUUUUUUUAUUUAAUAUCAUUGAAAAGUUACAUAUGUUGGUGUGUGGAUGUAUAUAUGUGUAAAUAUAAAUAUAUAUAUUGAUCUUCUGA